CCACUGACUUCGGCAGGUACUCUGGAACUACUAGUCACUCUGCUCAGGCUCCUGGCUAGGACUAGACCGUCGAACAAGUAACUUGACAGCACACGCCUGGUUUUCUUGGUUGAUCUGACACCGAGUUAGCGGUGGGUGUAAGGAGCAACCUGCAUCGCCAUCAUCAUGGCAAUUAGGCCGAGGAUACUACUGGGUGUGUUGGCGCUUAUUGCCGUUGGGAAAACGCAGGAUACAACCGGUGCUUGCGCCACAAGUCCAUGCCAGAAUGGCGGUGUAUGCUACCUGUCCAAUAACAACUACAUAUGCAUGUGCCCGUCUGGAUUUGAGGGCCAGGAUUGCAAUGACCCUGCUGGUGGAAAUUGUGGUACCAGCCAUUUUGGCAUGUCAUCAGGCACCAUCACAUCCCCAAAUUACCCGGCCACCUACCCCAACAACCGGAUCUGCUACUACUACAUCAAAAUCCCCAAUGCUCGCAUGAUCACCCUGACCUUCGAUGCUUUCAAUACUGAGCUCUUAAAAGACGUUUUGGACGUCUAUAUCGGACCAUCAACUGCUGGCACGUCCUUCAUGGCCUAUGAGGGGAAUUACACCACGAAUACGGGAGGGGUCCCCGACGAUAUCGUGGCCAUGACAGAUCAGAUCUCCUUCUUCUUCACCACCGACAGGAACGUCCAACUUGGAGGAUGGUCCAUUUCUUGGGCGAGCGCUUGCGCCACAAGUCCAUGCCAGAAUGGCGGUGUAUGCUACCUGUCCAAUAACAACUACAUAUGCAUGUGCCCAUCUGGAUUUGAGGGCCAGGAUUGCACUGACAGUGCUUUUGGAAAUUGUGGUACCAGCCAUUUUGGCAUGUCAUCAGGCACCAUCACAUCCCCAAAUUACCCGGCCACCUACCCCAACAACCGGAUCUGCUACUACUACAUCAAAAUCCCCAAUGCUCGCAUGAUCACCCUGACCUUCGAUGCUUUCAAUACUGAGCUCAUAAAAGACGUUUUGGACGUCUACAUCGGACCAUCAACUACUGGCACGAUCUUCAUGUCCUAUCAGGGGAAUUACACCACGAAUACGGGAGGGGUCCCCGACGAUAUCGUGGCCAUGACAGAUCAGAUCUCCUUCUUCUUCACCACCGACAGGAACGUCCAACUUGGAGGAUGGUCCAUUUCUUGGGCGAGCGAUGGAAAUCAAUGUGAAUCCAAUCCAUGCCUGAACGGAGCCACGUGUAUUGACCUGCAGAAUGCAUACCAAUGUGUCUGCGCAGCAGGCUAUGAAGGGACAGGCUGCGAAACAGACAUCAAUGAGUGUGCCAGCUCGCCCUGUCGCUUCGGUGCAGCCUGUAACAAUCUCAUCAAUUUGUACACGUGUGCCUGCCAACCCGGAUACAUUGGUACUAACUGCGAGAUGGAUUAG